AUGGACCAUCGGAUUCCUCGUAUCCUGAGGAACCUCAGACUGUGCGGGACCGGGCCGGCCUUCCAAAAGAUAGGAGGUUUCCCUGUACUGAGUGCGGGAAAUGUUUCCGUUUUAAAUCCAAACUUGAUGAGCAUAAGAGAUCUCACACAGGAGAGAAGCCGUAUGCCUGUCCUGAGUGUGGGAAAUGUUUUUCACAGAAGGCCAAUCUUUCUAUACAUCAGAGAUUGCACACAGGGGAGAAACAAUAUUCCUGUCCUGAGUGUGGGAAAUGUUUUGCACAGAAAUCCAGUCUUUGCACACAUCAGAGAUUGCACACGGGGGAGAAGCCGUACUCCUGUUCUGAUUGCGGGAAAUGUUUUUCACAGAUGUCCAAACUUCACGCACAUCAGAGAUCUCACACAGGUGAGAAGCCGUAUUCCUGUCCUGAGUGCGGGAAAUGUUUUUCAGCUAAGUCACAUAUUUACAGACAUCAGAGAUUGCACACGGGUGAAAAUCUGCAUUCCUGUUUUGAGUGCGGGAAAUGGUUUGUACAAAAAUCAGAUCUGGUCACACAUCAGAGGACUCACACGUGCGGGAAAUGUUUUACACAGAAGUCCGAUCUUUACAAGCAUCGAAGAUUGCACACAGGGGAGAAGCCGUAUUUCUGCUCUGAGUGCGGGAAAUGCUUUUCAUUGA